AGGGGGUCUGAAGGGAUCCAAGCGGAGCCGCCGCCAUGCCCAAGGCGCGGGCCGGGAAGCGGCCGGAGCGCCGGGACGGCCGCGCCGGCGGCAUCGUCUUCAACACCGGGGCCGGACAGCACAUCCUGAAGAACCCCCUCGUGGUGAACAGCAUCAUCGAUAAGGCUGCCCUGCGCCGAACAGAUGUUAUUCUGGAAGUGGGCCCGGGAACUGGAAAUCUGACAGUAAAGAUGCUGGAGAAAGUCAAAAAAGUUAUUGCAUGUGAAAUUGACCCUAGACUUGUUGGUGAACUUCAGAAGAGAGUCCAGGGCACGUGUCUAGCAAACAAACUUGAAAUCAAGGUUGGAGAUAUCUUGAAAACAGACUUACCCUUCUUUGAUGCAUGUGUGGCUAACUUGCCUUACCAGAUUUCUUCACCUUUUGUUUUCAAGUUAUUGCUUCAUAGACCUUUUUUCAGGUGCGCAAUCCUUAUGUUUCAAAGGGAAUUUGCACUUCGUUUGGUUGCAAAACCAGGAAGUAAACUGUACUGCAGACUCUCUGUUAACACUCAGUUAUUGGCUCGAGUGGACCAUCUGAUGAAGGUUGGAAAGAACAACUUCAGGCCUCCCCCCAAAGUUGAAUCCAGUGUUGUCAGAAUAGAGCCAAAGAACCCACCACCACCUAUCAACUUCCAGGAGUGGGAUGGUCUGGUAAGGAUAGCCUUUGUUAGGAAAAACAAGACACUCUCUGCAGCAUUUAAAUCAAGUGCUGUAGAGCAGUUGCUGGAUCAUAAUUACCGAAUUCAUUGUUCUUUACAUAAUACAGAAAUCCCUGAAAACUUCAAAAUUGCAGAGAAAAUACAGACAGUUCUAAAAGAUACAGGUUACUCUGAAAAACGAGCCCGUUCAAUGGAUAUAGAUGAUUUCAUUCGAUUGCUACAUGGCUUCAACUCAGAAGGCAUCCAUUUUUCAUAGAUACUGCUAGAAGAAUGAAAGAUGAAAGAUGCUGUAUUUUUUCACCAAAGUUUUACCCAAGCCAGAGUGAGUGCAAUACAACAAGCUCCUCAUAAAAGCAAUGAACAGAACACGGCAUAUAUGCUUGGACUCAAAAUGUUAGAUGGGGUUUUAUCACAUACAGAAGGCAAGAAGCUGCUGCUCAGUAUUUUAAAAGCAGUAAAUUCUUUCAGAGCUAAAGUGAGGUGCUGGACUACCUCAUGACUGUGUUUUUCUACAUAUAUCCAAAACAUGGAUUGAGGAUAAUUGACAUCUGUGUUCUCCGAUCGUGGGCUUCACGUGCAUUCAUGCACGAUACUCAACAGAACAACUCAUAAGGGGUCUGGACAACAAAAAGAAAGUCGUAGUAAUUCCUUUUUUUUUUGUAUCAGUCAUUUAUGUGUUUGUUUUAAAAUAUAUUUAAACACUUCCUUUUGAUUUGAGAUGCCUGUCUCUCUCAUCCCUCUGGUACUCCAAGCCUGUCAGUAAUCUGCAUCUCAGAGAGAAUCCCAGUGUUUCUCAGAAAAGAAUUUACUUUAUGGGAUUGAUAUCAUUUACAGAAGUGCCUUUACCUUCUCCUCCACUUUAGGAACUGGAAAAAAACUACCAAUGGGCCAGGACUCAUAAACACAGACAGCAGGGUUGGGUUUUUGUUAACUAAAUUAAACCAGCUAUUUUUUACGGUAACUACUCCACUGUUAGGGGAGGAAAUAGCCCUCAGUGAAAUUUAGAGCAAUGCAUGCAAAUUAGCAAAACCUCCUCUAAUAAAAACUUUGUAUACAUCAUUGAAUCGUUAAGGUUGGAAAAGAUGUCCCAAGACUUGAAUUCAGCUAGCAGCCCCAUUGACAUCCCAUUUUUUAAAAGUCAUUGAUUCAGAAGCAUGUAUAGAAAUAGGCACUCAAAUUUACAGGCAUCUUGAAGUAUUGACAUCCUGAAGCAAUUGCUUCAAUUCUGCAAAAAUUCAAUUUGCACAUUUAUUUCAGUUUUAAGAAUUUGGUAAUUCUAGUGCUGCUUCACUUCAUGCAGAACCUAAUGAUGAGUUAAUUAAAUAGGAAUAUGGUUGGACUAACACAGAAGGAACAAGUGCUGAAGAUGUGUCAUACUUCCUUAAUGUUUUUGUUUUACUGGAGAGGAAUCAAGGAUAAGCUUGCUUGAACCCUGUUCAUGUAAUUAUGGCAAUGGGCUGCAGAAAUUCAAGUGCCACAACCAGCACUAUCAAUUUUUCUUGAUUCUAACUGCUUUGGUAUCAGUGUAGAUUUGACUUAAUGCAGGCUCUGGCACAAGGACUCGCAGUAGACAGAAUUUCCGAUUGCAUGUGCUACAUGACAGAACACAUGUAAUUUACAGGGCUUUGUAAAAACGUGCUGAAAGCUAACUGUCCUUCGUAUUCUUUUCGGACCUGCAGUAAGCUACAGCCUGGUUGUGGUGCUAGGUUUGCAUGGACGAAGAGUAUGGAAGCCGCUGUUAAUCCUGUAGCAUGCCUCAGUCUUCAGAAGCUUUAUAAGAAGUAAUUAUUGUCUAGGGCAGCUUCAGAGAAAACCUGUGAUAUACAAUAACCUGUACUUUCACCUGCUAACAGAAGCUAUUGCUUUCUAUUCCACUGUUUUUUUCUUUUCGCUGUGAUGGUGAUGAUCUUAAAAAUGUUCAGAAAUAGGUGUGAUGUUUCUUUAAGAUCUGCUGCAAAACUAAAGUUAGGACAGGGGUCUGGGAAACUUCUUUCUAUAUAACAAACUUGUA